GCCGUUGGCGGCGGGGGGAGGGGAGGGACGGACGGCCUCCCCGCGACCGUUACUGCCGGCGGGAAGAGGCCGGCGGCCGUGGUCACUAUGCUGGAUGGAAACAAUACAAAUACAUACAAAGAGUACCACCGAAUAUUGAAAGAAGUUUUAAAGUCAAGGAACUUGAGCACAGGAGGAAGAUGAAAGAUAGCAUCCCUGAAGAACAUUUGUAUUUGGGUUUUUCUUGUCAGUAUGAGGAUACCAUCUUUCCUCUUCAUACAUCUAUUUCGCUAUUUUUGCUGUCCUACUGUGACUGCAAAUUAUUCAAAAUUUUCUUAGUGCCAACUGGUGAAAAUGUAGAUAAUCAGCUUGUGACAAAAAACCUACUUCACAAUCUUGAGGUCUGCUUAAUCUCCAGACAUGAGCUUCCUAUGGUGGUGCGGAGCUGCUGUUUACCUGCUGUUGUUGUGAAAGAUGGCAAAUUCUGUCGAGCUGGCCUGUCUGUUGUCUUAAGGCACAUAAUACAGAAAACCUAUGAGGCAGAUGCAUCCAAAAAGGAUGUUUUGGAACUUUUAGGCUUUAAGAAGACCUGCUUAAAAGCCUGUGCUGAAGUUAGCCAGUGGACCAGACUUUGUGAGAUAAGCAUACCUCUGGCUGUUGAGAGAUUUUUGACGGGAUCUGCUGAACACUGUCAAACUAUUCCUCCUGACAUUUUAGAGCUUGAAAGGAAGCUUGGAGAACCUGUCCGAGUACAUAAUGAUGACAAAAUCCGAAGGCAAAAACUUCAGCAACAGAAGGCCAGUGCCAAGGCUGCACUGCCUGUACUUAAUAAAGAAGUAGCAGCAGGAGAAAAAACAGUACAAAUGCAUGAACAUCCACUUUCAAGUCUGGAACUGAGCAUAGCUUUCUCCAAACCGCUUGUCCAGGAAGCCUCAGCUACAGUCAACAGGGAGCCCCCUCACAUCAGGAAAACAAAAACCUCCGACCUUCCACCUUUGGACCAUGUUUUUGCAGAAGGGCUUUAUUUCACCUUGACAGAUAUAGUGCUUUUGCCAUGCAUCCAUCAGUUCUUGGUUUUCAGCAAAAAGCAAAGCAAAAAUCUGUUAAAUUUGCCUCUGAUAUCCAGUUGGUAUCGAAGAGUUCAGGAAGUACCUAGAAUAAAGCACGCUGCUGACAAAUGUAAUAUGCAGCUUCUCCAACUGCCAGAGUUGCAAUCUACUCCAGAGGAACAGCUACAAAACUUCUGUUUGGUUCCCAAUGAAUUAGAAGAGGAGCAUGAAGACAAUCAUUUUAUAGGUGGUCCAAGGCCAACUAUGACUAAGUUAAUGGAAAGUGGCAUUGAAGCAAAGUUUUUUCCUCAUCCAUGCCCUAACUGGACCCUAGACUGGAAGGGUCUACCAGCUGCAGUCACUCCUGGAGAAGGAAAGAUGUCCAAAGACCGGGCUUUGAGGAAACAGCAGCAAUUGAAUAAUUUGGUAGCAGUGGUGAAAAAGCUUGCUAAGCCUGGAGAUGUGAUUGUGGAUUUUUGCAGUGGAGGGGGCCAUGUUGGAAUUGUUCUUGCUCAUAUGAUGCCAUUAUGUCAGGUGGUGCUAAUAGAAAAUAAGGAAUUGUCACUGAUCCGCGCCAAAGACAGAAGCGAUGAACUAGGUUUAAACAACAUUUGCUUCAUUCAAGCAAAUUUGGACUAUUUUAAUGGAACUUUUAAUAUUGGGGUAGCUCUGCAUGCCUGCGGUGUGGCAACAGACAUGGUGAUCGAACACUGCAUCAAGGCUCAGGCAGCCUUUGUCAUCUGCCCAUGUUGUUAUGGCUUCAUUCAAAAUACAGUGAAGUUUACAUAUCCACAAAGCCAUCAAUUCAAAGAAAUUUUAUCUUACAAGGAGCACAUGAUUCUUUGCAGAUUUGCAGAUCAGACAGCUGUUCAGCUUCCACCUGAACGCCGACUAAUAGGGAAGCAAUGUAUGGGGCUUGUGGAUCUGGAUCGGGCAUGGGCUGCAGAAGGAAGAAAUUACUCUGUCCAAGUAAUAUCUAUGGAGCCAGAAAGUUGUUCCCCAAAGAACAAUAUGCUUGUGGGCACUCCUACUUAGACUGUGAAACUCUCAUUUAAUUUGAAGUUGAACAUAAAUCCUCGGUGCAUAAUGACAUCCAGCAGAUAUGAGCAGAGCUGGGAGCCAGACAUCAUGCAUCUUGAACUCAUUGUGUUUGGAAAAAGGAAGCAGCAGGAAAAGUCUUAGAAAGUGCACUGCCUGCAAAGCAUCACAAAUUGUACUUGUAACAUGUCAUUGAGCAGCUUUUGGUCCUCUUACUGAGAAGUUUCUCAAUCUGAUACCUGUCCAUGGAAUUACAUCCACCAGCAAAAGUUCAGAAGAGAGUUGAUUUCAUUGAAGGGAAAGCGAUUUCCUUUUCAGUAAAGCUGUCUUGGCUGCUUCAAAAUUUCAUUCAUGUUCAAAACAGCAUUUGUGCCCACAGGCAGAGCAUUUAUCUGCCAAUGAUGCAGAUCAACAGAGAAACUGAAAAGAUCAAAUUUAUGAUGUUACUAAGGGCAGGCUGUGCAACAGGUGGUGGCUUGACUUUGAUAAAGAAUUCCGUGCUUCUGUAGCAAGAUUGUUUUUAAUAAAGUUUGCAGAAAUACUGCUUGUAGAAAAAUGUAUUCUAAUUUAUCAAUCCCUAAGAAAAGCCUUUUAAAAUCAACUUUAAAUAUGAUGCAGGAGUUCUGUGAUCGGGCAUUUGAAAGUGUGUGUAGUUAAAGAAAGCAGAACCUAAUUUAUCCAUUACCAGACAACAGGAAGUGGUGAAGAUAUCAGCAAACUGCUACUUCAUUGCCACCUCUACUAGUUGAAGUGUAUUGCUUCCCAUUCUUAGGAAACUCACUGACGAAACCAAUAUUUACAUCAUUUUAAUUUAUUUUCAUAUUUGGUUUAAAAUUUGAAAAAAGUUGCAGUUGUGGAACUAUAUGAAAAGAUCAACCACAGAUGUGCUACAGUAAAAUGGAAAUAUAUGUUCUGUGCUCUGAUUAGAGGACACUUUUCUACUCUAAUUUUAAAUCAUUUGUAGACACUAUCACAGAAGAAAGUGAAUUUUUUCCUGCAUGUUUGAGUUCAGUACGUUUAUGUAUUCUUCAUGGAUUACCUUAAAUAUAUUCAAAGUCUCAUCAGUGUGAACAUAUCUUCAGUGAAUGUUUCAAACAGACCUACAGGACAGCAAAAGAUGUUGGAGAGAAAAGGGACCUUGAAAUAUUUUAUUCCUUAGAAAAUAUAUAUCUCUAAAAGAUCUAAAUUUGGGGGGUUUUAUGUGAUGUCUGAAGGAAGCUGCAUGCUAUUUUAUCUGGAAGCACAAAGGUAUGCAAGCAGACAGGAAAAAUCCCACAGAUGCAACAAAAAUCUCUCCAGUGUAGAACCAGGCUUUACAGGAAGAAAACGUUUUGCAGAAGCAAUGGAAAGACACAGCAGACUCUAGUCUGACUAUUUAGACCUGAUUGUUGCAGAUCUUCUGAAAGUUUGUAUAGCACCAACUGUGAUGGAGACCUUGAAACAGAACCCCUUCUAUGUUUGGACUCCGUUGCUGUGGGUAUUUGAAGAAUUUUAAGAUUUAUUUUAAGGAGCUUUUGUUUUAAAAACACCUGAGUUAGUGUCAAAUGUCAGUAGUAAUGUUUGCGUUAAAUUGAUCUUCUGAGAGGCUAUGUAAAAAUUAGCUAAUAGAAUCUGUGUAUACAAUAUUGAAGUCAUGACCUCCAGAUCAAAAGAGACCAAAAGCUCUUGAAGUGUUUUAUAUAUUCUGGACUUGAGCAGUGGUAGAAAUCUUAUGCAUUCUGUAAGUUGUUGAAAUAGACAUCCACACAGCAGAAGGGAAAAUGGGCAUGGAGGGCAGAACUAAACCAAAAAAAUAUUAACCCAGAAUGAGCUGUUUGCACAUUCACAGAUGUAUGAGCAAGAUGGGGUCACGGCUUAGGUAACUACUGAAACAUAAUAAUCCAGUGAUAGCCCGGAGAGGUGUACCAAGUGUGCCCAAAUCAAACAGGACAGGUGCUUGCUAUGCAGCCUUCAUCCUUUUAGCGCUAAGAAAGCAUUACAUUACCAGGUCAUAAGAUGCUGCACCUAUAUGUGGCACAAAGAAAAGUAUAAUGUGUUGCAACUCAGUUUUAUUGGACAUACUGUGAAAAUCCUGUAAAAAAAAAAUACACUCUUCCUACUGAUCAAAAUGCAUAGAAAAAACACCUACAGAGAACAACCAUAACUAGCUCUCAGUUAAAAAGUCUGAAGCUGGAAAAUGCUGCUGAUGUGAUAUCAUUCGUUUGCCUUUUUAGACCCCUAUACACUUCCUCUGCCAGCUGUGGCUUAUGUUUAGUUGGCAGCAAGUAUACUGGAUUGUAGAAAUAAAUUAUUACCCAUCAUGUUA